AUGAAAGAUCUCUGGCAGGUGCUUCCUAUGUAUACUCUCUUUUGUGCCGUGUUCUUCAUAUUUCUCUAUUCCCAACCUUGUGCUUCCAGUUCCAAAAAUCUCAGCUGCAAUUCUGAUGAUCUGAGAGCACUAGAGGCUUUCUCAAAUGGUCUUGAUUCGAGGAUCGAUGGGGGGAAAUUUCAUGAUGCUCCUGCUGCAAACUGUUGCAGUUGGCCUGGGGUGCGCUGUGCUUUGUUCUCAGUUUUCUCCUCCCCGUCCUCAAUAAAUUCUACCAAUCAAAGCUUAAGGGUCGUCGGUUUGGAUCUCGCAAGCAUGGCUCUGAAAGGGCUUCUCUCGAAUUCUCUGUCAGGUUUGGAUCAGUUGAGCUUCCUCAACCUCUCCCAUAACUCCCUACGAGGCACCGUCCCUCCAGAGUUGUUUCAUUUACGUCGGUUGGAGGUGCUGGACCUGAACAGCAACGGCUUCACCGGUGAUCUGGGUCAAGGUAUCAGUAACCUUACAAGCUUGUCCUACCUCGACGUCUCCUUCAAUCAAUUCACCGGAUUCAUUCCGGAUUCAUUUCAUGGCCUUCAGAGGCUGGAGAGUUUCUCCGCUGAAUCCAACUCUUUUGAAGGUCGAUUACCAAAUUCACUCUCAUCUUGCUCGAUGCUUAGGUUGCUCAAUCCGAGUAAUAAUUCUCUUGAUGGCAAUAUUGACCUUAAUUUCACUAGUUUGGUUCAUCUAGUUGUUCUCAAUCUCGGAUCUAAUCAUUUUUCUGGUCAUAUCCCGAAGAGCUUGUCUUCUUGUAGAGCUUUGCAGGUUCUAAACCUUGCUAGUAAUAAUCUCCAUGGAAAAUUCCCAAAAGUUUUAGGAACCUUCACGCUCUCUCCUAUCUGUCAGUGUCAAAAAAACAGUCUUUCCAAUGUUUCAGUGGCAUUGCAAACACUACAGGAGUGUCAGAAUCUGACGGUCCUUAUCCUUACAAUGAACUUUUAUGGAGAAGAGUUGCCUAAUAACGGAAUUCAAGGAUUUCACAGCUUGCAAGCUCUGGUUGUAGCAGUUUGUGCUCUCACUGGUUUCGAUUCCCUCGUGGUUAGCAAAUAUCAAAGAGUUGAGUUUCCUAGAUUUGUCUUGGAAUCACUUGACUGGAGGCAUUCCAUUGUGUAUUGGGAGCCUGGAUUCUCUGUUUUACCUGGACCUGUCAAAUAA